AUGCUGGCGGCGGCUUCAGCAGCCGACGGCGGUACGUUUCGAAACGUGGAGCUCAUCAACUUGCUGGAGCGGCUUGGCGUGUCGUACCAUUUUGAAGCUCAGAUCGAAGACCAACUGAGGCUCAUAUUCGAGCAAUCUCUCUCCGAUGUUACGGAGAGAGAUGACGGCCUCUACUCCGUUUCGCUGGCGUUUCGAGUACUACGCCAGCAUGGAUACAGAGUUCCUUGUGAUGCGUUUCACAAAUUCAAGGACCUAAAGACAGGAGAGUUCAAGGAAUGUCUGAGGCGCGACGUGAGAGGGAUUCUGAGCCUGUACGAGGCCUCCCACUUGAGGCUUCAUGGAGAGCCAAUUCUAGAGGAAGCCCUUUCCUUCUCUAGGCAGCAGCUGAAAGAGUACUCAGCCACCAAUGUUAUAGAGCCUCAUUUGGCAGCACACAUUGAAAACGCACUGAUUUGCCCCUUACACAAGAGCGCUCGGAGGAUAGAUUCAUGGAGAUACAUCUCCUUCUACGCCCAAGAAGAAUCGAGAGACGAAACCCUCCUCAGAUUCGCCAAGCUCGACUUCAACUUCGUGCAGCUGAUGCACCAAAACGAGCUGGCCUUUGUCUCCAGGUGGUGGAGGGACACGGGCCUUCAAGAGAAGCUUCUUUAUGCACGAGACAGAAUCGUGGAGCUGUAUUUCUGGGCGACGGGGUCUCAUUACGAGCCACACAAGGUGGUGUCGAGGAUUGCAGCCGCCAAAUUUGCCAAAAUGGUGUCGCUGGUCGACGAUACUUACGAUGCCUACGGUACCCCUGAAGAGCUCCAGCUCUUUACUGAGGCUUUUAAGAGAUGUGACGACGAGAGUGCGGUUGAGCAGCUUUCGGAUGACAUGCGGCUCCUUUUUCGGGCAUUCCUCAAACUUUGUGAUGAAAUGGAAGAGGACAUGAAGAAAGAGGGGAGAUGCUACGGCGCACACCACGCUAAGGAUGCUUUCAAGGAAUUGUCGAGGGCAUAUGAUACAGAGGCAAAAUGGCUGGCGAGUCGCUACACACCGACGGUGAAAGAGUUUAUAGCAAAUGGCAUACCUUCAAGCUCUUACGGCGUGAUCUCAGCUGCAUACUUCAUUGGAAUGGGGGAGGACAUGGGGAUCAAAGAAUACGAGUGGCUGAAAACCAACCCAACAAUCGAUACAGCAGCAAAGCUCCUCGGGCGGCUUCUGAAUGACAUCAUGAGUCACGAGGAUGAGCAGAAGAGAGGGCACUGUCCAUCUGCGGUCGAAUGUUACAAGAAGGAGAACGUGGUGUCGGACGAAGAGGCCGUGGAGGCGAUCAAGAAGAUGUGCGAUGACGCCUGGAAGGACUUGAAUGAGGAGUGCAUGAAACCGACUCCAGUUGGGUUGCCUGUGAUUCAACACUUUCUGGAUCUCGUUCGAAUCAUCACCUUCAUAUACAUCCGCAACGAUUCGUAUACGCACUCAGGGUCUCUGAAAGAUCACAUCACUUCCAUCUUACUCGAGUCGAUUCCUAUCUAG